GGCCGCUGGCGGCCAUGGAUGUGACGGUGGUGGCCGGGUCGCUGCUGCUGGUGGCUCUGGUGGCGCUGCUGGUGCUGAGUGUGUGUCACCCGCUCUAUUUCCCGCUGCUGCUGCUGCUGCUGGGCCUGGCUGCCCAGGCGCUCCGCUACCCGGCCGUCCCCAGGGAGGUUGCCCAGCAGGUGCUGCGCCCCGGUGGGCAUUUCUCCAUCAUUGCCCAUCGGGGCGGCGGAUAUGAUGCUCCUGAGAACACCCUGGGCGCCAUCAGGAAGGCUGCUGAACAUAACGCUACUGGUGUGGAGCUGGAUCUCGAGUUUACUUCAGAUGGUCUCCCUAUUUUGAUGCAUGAUCAUACUGUGGAUCGCACAACUGAUGGUACCGGUUCUCUUGAUCAUUUAACUUUCGAAGAGGUCCGAAAACUUAACCCGGCAGCCAAGCACAGACUGCACAAACAUUAUCCAGAUGAGAAAGUCCCAACCUUGGAGGAAGCUAUCGUGGAAAGUCUCAAAGCCAACAUGACAAUUUAUUUUGAUGUCAAAGGUCAUGCAGUUCAGGCCGCUGCAGCCCUGAAAAAGAUGUACCAGGAAUAUCCUGAACUGUACAACAGCAGCAUUGUGUGUUCCUUUGAUCCAUUGGUAAUCUUAAAGAUGAAGCAAGUUGACAAGAAUGUAGCAACUGCUCUCACCCAUCGACCUUGGAGGCUCAGUUUCUAUGGGAACGGUAAACCAAGAUUUCACGACUAUAAGCAGUACUGGUACAUGUUGCUGGAUAUAAUUUUGGACUGGUCUCUUCAUGCUUUUUUGUGGAAAUUCUUUGGUAUUUCUGCAUUUUUAAUGCAGAAGAAUUUCAUAUCAAUGGAUUACAUUCGGUUCUGGGCUGAAAGAGGGGUUGAAGUGGUUGCCUGGACUGUAAAUUAUUCAGAUGAAAAACGAUACUAUGAAAAAAUCCUUCAUUGUAUUUACAUUACAGACAGCCUUAUCGAACAUCAUUCACCUUCUUCCUAACUUAUCCCUGAGAUUUCUGUAUAGACUCGCAUGUAGUUCUAAAUGUAUGAAUGGUGUGCUAUAUUAAAAAAAGUGUACCAGUCUCUUCAAUUUUUUGUAUUUUGAUAUUGGGAAAAGUAACUAGUUUUUGAUUUGAUGAAAUCCAUUAAUAAUGUAAGUAAUUGUGAGGUUAAAUGAGAAACAUAAUAUUGGCGUUAAAUAAGAGUAGCAAAGCACUAAAGUGAGGUACUUUUCAAUGGUACAGAUUUGCUGGGGAAUGCAUCUGGACAGUAGGCAGUUCGUGCCAAUUUGGGAAGAAACUGCUGUUUAUUUAUGAAGGAAAACUUAUUUGCUGCGAAUGUUAAGUACGUGUAAAAUAAAUGCACACAAGUUGAAGUUGUUCUUUGUUUUCACUGUUCUUUUCAAUGAAAUUCUGCUCAAAAUUGACUUCCUAGACUCCUGGAUUCUUCCAAUAUCAAGACUGUGCUGCUGUCUUGGCCUCUCCUCCUCCGACUCUGUCCUGCUACUCAGUUGUUUUAAGGUAACCGUUUCUACCCUACAGCCCAUCUCUAUUCACCUGCUGCUGGUUUCUCAGCUAUAUUUUUGAUGUGGGUCCUGUAUCAAAUCCACCUUCUCCUAGGCUGGAUUCUGGAUCUUACAGUGACUUCCACAAUCACCACCACUUUCUACAGAGAAUGUACUCUCUGAUGGAUCAUUUUCAUUCCAGUAUCUGACCUGCUUCUGAGUCUCCAGUGCCGCCCUCCCUCUAUGCUAAGGUAGCUCCAAUCUGUUUCUAAUGUUCCAUCCUGUUCUGGGUUCAGCUCCGUUGCUGUCACAUUCCCUUGCUUUUCAUUACUGUUAACUUCAUUCAUCCCUCUGCUGAUGUACUGGAUUCAUUGGUGCACAUAAUAAUCAUAAAAGUCAUUAUUCAGCUGUGCCGGACCUUUGGAUCAACCUUUGCUGGCUCAUAUUUGACAUUUGGCAGUUCAUCAAUUCUCUUUUUACCGUGGGAAAAAGUCACCUUCAAAUGCACUUUCAAACUCUCAGUUGUCAUCUUUGACCCUCCCUUUGUUUUGAUACUUCUACAACUGUUGAUCUGCCCAAUUAUUUGUUCUUCUCUGGCUCCCUUGUAUAUCUCCCCCAUCUUUGUCCCAUGAAAUCCAAAGCACAGACUUGAUCCAUCUGGUGCACAACUCUGCCAUUCAUUGCUAGAUCUGGCUGGACCACAUCAAGAGCUGUCAGGAUCUUCCCUACCAAAAUUGCUCAUUACACCAUGAGCGUUCUGGAAAAUAAAGAUGACUCCCAAGUUUUUCACUGCCAACUGUCGUCUUAAACAACCCCCCGCUCCCCACCACCCCAUAUUCCCUUCUACCCUCUCUUGCACCAUCAAGUGUAAGGAGGUCAUGGAUUUCUUUGCCACUAAGAUUAAAACUAUCUCAUCGUCUGCAUUCUCUCGUUCCCAAAUCCAUGAAACCAAGGUUCCCCCUCAUUCCAGCCCUGAACCUGCAUCUUUCUCUCGUUUCUGUUAUAUUUCUGGUCAUACCAUCUCAGAGCUCUGUUUGUCUGUGAAAUCCAUCCCUUGCUUUCUCAACCCUAUUUGCCUUAAAUUGAUGACCACCCAGUUUUCUUUCCUGGCUCCAUGCUACUUGAUAUUUCAAAUGUCCCUCUACUAGGUACUGAUCCCGCUCUUUCAAAGAGUCGUCAUCAUUCUGACAACCGCACCACCCAGAAAUCACCCUCACCACCUCUAUCCAGCAGCCUAUCUCCACUAUUCUUUCUCAGCCUCUGCAGGCUUUGAUACAGUUGCUCUGCAGGCUUUGAUACAGUUGCUCAUGCCAGUCUCCUCUAAUGUCUUUCCUCUGUUGUGAAGCUGAAUAGAACUGCCUUUAUUCUACCUCUAACUAUCCUGUCAUUGCUGGAUUAUCUCCCCAUGCCCGGAUCUGUACUUGAUCUCCUCUUAAUUUUCAUCAACAUGCUGUCCCAAGUGAGACCAUCUGAAGAUUUGAUGCUAGGUUUGAGAUGUACUGGUGACAGCCAACUCCACCUCUUAACCUGUCCAUUGUUGGUGUGCUGUCAAACCGCUUACCCCACAUCCAGCCUCAAUGGUCAAUAAACAUUUGGAACACAGAAGACAAUAACCCUAACUCGCACUUUCCUUCCCCAAACUUCUGCACCUCCUUAUUUAAGAGCCUCUUUCAAACCUACUCUGGCCCUCUAAUAUCUCUGUUUUUUAAUGUUGUGCCAAUAUUUGUCUGAUUAAGGUUUUGUGAAGCAUUUUCUGAUGUUUUCCCCUGUUAAAGGUGAUAUAUAAAUGCAAGUUGUUGAAUUUUAUUAAGUAAUUCACAUGUCUUAAUGCAGCAGUGAGUAAUACUGAAACCUUCCCAAUGUCAUGAAGUAUGCUAAAGGUCGACUAUGAGUUGUGAAAGAUUAUCCCAGGAGUCUGAUAAGAGAAUAAUAUCCAUGUGAGGAUAUGGCAGUGUCUUUUUGAAAAUAGAUGUGAAAUUACAAAACACAGUUCAUAAAUAUACGGAAGAUAAAACCAGUUUCAUUGUUUGUGUUAAUGAAUCAAGAAACUGUUGUGUUAUAUCUUUGUUAAAAUUUUGUUAUUUCCCCCUUAGUUGCACACUUACCACAUAAACCCAUGCACUAACUGAGACUGUUUGUUUACAAUCUCUACCAAUGAGGUAGAGAGAAUUCACACCUUUGGAUGGGCCUAUGCGGCUGUAGUGACAUUAGCACGAUUUAUCUCACAACACAAACAAAAAAAAUAUUAGAACUGAGUUGGUGUUGGAUCCAGGCACAAAGACUUCUGAAUAGAUUUUAACCCACCCGACCUUAUAGGAACAGGUGAGGUGGCAUUUAAAAUAGAGCAUUUUGCCCUGCUCAUCCAUUGCUUGAAUUGCGCUGACCACUUUUUUAACUGUUCCUUGCAGUUAGGGCGAUGAGGGGCCCACUGAAAGCAGUUAGGAAUCUCAAAUUGAAGCCCUGUUCUAUCAGUUUUAACCCAUGCCUGAGCAGGGAAGCACUGCGACUUUUCCAGCAGGUAGGACAAAGAUCCAUGUGUAAGUGAGAAUUGUUUCUUUGUCGGGCCAGGAGGAGCAGGGGCUCUCUUCGGGCCCCACACCGAAAGUUGCUGCUUCCCUGCCUACAAAUGACGUGCUUGCUGGUGAGCCACUCUUUGGUGCUAUUCAGUGUUUGAACAUCCUCUCCUGGAUGCUGCUUUCAUUCCGGGCAGAUGGCUGAUUAGCAGUUGGUAACUGAGACUCUGGAGUUAAAAUGCUCCAAGAUCAAACUUAGGUCCGCAAUUAGAUUUUCCACCACAUACCUGAAACCUGCUUAGAACUUAAAAUCAUCCUUUGUUGGAUUGCUGCCUUGAUAAUGUGCUGCUGCUCAGUUUCAUAUUCCAAACCGGUGUGUUAAGUAUUGUUUUAAAGCCACAUUCCUUUAAGUUACUCAACUGUUAUCUAAUCAAAAAGGAAGAAAGUGAACCUUUGCACUAUUUGCCAUAGUGAUCAGUUUUUAAAAUGGUGAAAUGUAGCACUAUUAAAUGUGCACAAAAGUUUAUCCAUUUGCCCGUCUAUUCACAUGGCAAAUUCAAAGAACAUUUCUGUCACAACCAAAUGCUUCUGUAAAUUUUUUAAGGAGAUACAAAUGGGAACAUAUAUUUGGUAAUAGUACAAGCACAUUGCAUUUAUAUUUUUGAACUUCUGCACUGCUGCAAGAAUGGAAUAUUCAGGCAGCCAUAUUUGUUUAGAAAUGUUUUGCUUUAAAAGUAAACUUCCCUUUUUAUUCCCCAAAUUAGUGAAGUGUUAGUUCAAACUGGUAUCACUGACUGACCUUGUGUUGUAACAAUGUUUGCUGAGCUCGGUUAGAGCUCUAUUAAUAGUCCAUUGCACAGUAAAGUUGAUAGUUUUUUGCUGACUUUUAUUCUCCGAUUGAGUGUAAUGACCAGGAUAAAGAUACCAACUAAAUAUUUGCUGAGAUCUGUAAAUUUUCUACCUCUACAGAGAAAUAAUAGGGGGUGGGGGGGUGGAGUGGGUGGUUGAGGUUCCUCUUUUAAAUACCAAGUACUCUCAGCAAGCAUUUGGUUUAAAAUCUGGAAAGUGUUAGGGGAUAAUGUAUUUUCUUUGAUAGUAAAUUUGAAUAUUAAAUGAAUGAAUUAUUAUCCACACUUUGUUUUGUACUGUCCUAUUUUGUAGCAAUCCUGAUAUGAUACUCACUGGGAGAAUAAAAAAAUAUACAUUUUUCCAGUGUUAUUAAAGAUUUCCUCAGGGUUUAGUUUUAAAUAAACUCACAUUUAUUAAAAAAGCACAAAAAUAUCUGGUUUCACUGCUGUCUGAAUGAAUGCAUGUUGUUUCUGAGCAGCUUGUAGCUCUUUGAAUAGUUGAUGGGUUCUGUAUACUAACUGAUAUAAUUGUACAAGAUAAUUUACUGUGAAGACAGUUAUUGUGGAUACUUAAUCUGUUAUUUUACAGAAUAUGGAAUGAAGAUGUUCUCUAAUUGUUUCUGUUCUUUCAAUAAAUGGAAUGUUUAUGGAAACUUCAUUGAAUAUCUGAAUUGUUUCUAGGGAAAAUGUGUAUAUAUUUCGCAUUGUGUCCACUGAGAAAUCUCAUGAAGGAACAUUCUGACAGGCAACUUUCUGAUUUCUAUGAAGAUUAAAAAUUGUGAUACCAGUAUUAUUAUGUUUAUUAGUAAUGAAACAGUAUUCCCUUAACCUCUACCUUGCUUUCCUUCUUAAAAUUUACCACUUUGACCAAGCUUGCGGUCAUCUGACCUAACAUUUCCUCAUGUGACUGGUGUUACAUUUUGUUGUAUAAUUAUUCUGUGAAGCCACCUUGGGACACUUUGUUAGGUUAAAGAUGCUAUAUAAACAGAAGUCAUUUUGUCGUAUGCUGAUAUAGAAUAAAUGUUAUAAUUUAAUGCUCCCUCACAUAGGGAGAGCCCAUGACAGGAAAUUGGCCAUGCAAGAUUGACUAGCAGGCCUUAGUUUUAAAUUGCUCAUUAAGAAAGCUAAAUUGCAAAAUUUAUGCUUAUUUAUUGGAACCCUCCAUUUCACUCACCACUUUUAAAAAGCUAAAGGAAUUUGGUCAACUCCUAGGAUACAUGACUUGCAUCAAUGACUUACUGAUAAGACAGAAUAAUAAACUGCUGUACGAACACUCUGCUAAAGUACUUAAGGGUUCAAUGUGCACCCAUGCAUCAAAUCAAUGAACACCAAAGUGCCAACAAAAUCAUACCCUUGUAAAAGGGCUUAAUCACAGCUACUUCUAUAAAAUGCUCUCACCAUGUCUUCAGCAGAGCUGGUGGUGGACUGUGGCUCAUGUUGGGGCCCAACAUAUUUGUAGAUUUGCACACAUUAUUAUGACAAAACUGCAGCGAUUUCAGAAGUAUAAAUAUGGAACUUACUGAAAAGUAAGAGCAAUACUGUAAUAAAUUGUAUUUGACUAAUAUUUAUUGCACUACUGACGCCACCAAUUCUCCAUUAUUUAAUCAGUCUGCCACUUGUGAAAUAUAUUCAACAACUUGGAAGUAUUUUUCAUAAAACAGUUGGGACGAUGAGUUUAUAUAUGUCAAGUCAACCGAAGCCUAUAAGCUAAAUUUCUUCACACUGAAAUAGCAAAGACAUCAAAACUGUGGUUUGAAUUGUUGCUGUUAUCUAUUAGAUUGUAGAUCAGAAUUAUGAUAAUAAACAUCUCAUUUUGUUCUUUU